AUGUACACAAAUUCUGCCCAGACUCAUGGCGAUGCACGAGCUACCAGACACAGCGCGGAACAGACCGUUCCUGUAUCUGCAAUGAUAGUACAGCCAAACUUGCUGGCCUUGCUGGUGGUCUGCCUGCAAGGCGGACUCGCAAUAUUCCUUGCGCCCGUCUACGCUGCAGGCAGCAACAGGGCUACAAGUCCUGGCAAGUCACAUGUCAGUGACGUCACAACGGACCGCAGCCAUAUUGAAUCUUCUGACGAGAGAAUUCAAACUACAGCUGUCACUCCAACAAACAAUUUGCAGAGUGAUGACCGAAACACUUCCAGAUUCGAAAACAGAAUUGGUUAUCUAGAAAACACGAAAAACAGAUUCUCACCGUCAACUAGUCAUCAUCAACUGAGUGAUGACUUCUAUAGUCACUCGAUAAAACAGCCACACAUUACAUCAAGUGGAUACAGAAGGCCAGAAAUCUACGAUCUGUCAUCACCAGAAGCCUCAAACACAGGACCGCCCAGUUACCAUUUUUCACAACAAAACCAUCCAAACAGAUCGCAUGAAUUUUUACAGCAAAGUUCAUUUUAUAAACAAACCGCAUUUGAUCGGGCGAAACAUGAAGAAUCACAUCAAUUCGCUUCGCGGAUAUAUCCAUACAAACUUGGCCCAGAAAAGGUAAAGCCACCACGUAUUAUGUACUCCCAACCACAAGAAAUUCCCGGGGGGAAUCCACCGCAAGAUAUGUCCCCUUACAGUCAUGAAUUAUCCCAGGGGAAACCAUCCCCAGAUGAGAUAGCACCUCCAAGUAAGAACACGCACGAAUAUAUGCACGCAGACCAUUAUCAUGAACCCCAGGACCACAGCCCCCUCGACUACCACGAUAGUUCCUAUGAUUCGUACGAGUACUUUCACCACAUAGAAGAAACCACAACAACCACAACCACCACAACACCCCCACCACCACCACCAAAGAAGGACCCAGUGGUGGGCCACUAUCGCAUUGGCCGCAAGCUGUUCUAUAUCCCACUCUAUGCCGGAAUUGUGUUUGUCGCCUAUGUGUUGCUGCUGAUAAUCAAGUCAAUAAAGAAACACAAGCGUGUUCCUUACAUCUUCCUGACAAACCCUCCGGAAAGAAAACUGCGUGACAUCACUGAUCGCGUCAUCAGGGCUUUGGAAACAGCGCGACAACGUUACACGAUAUGUCACGUCACAACUUUGCGGGCACUUGGGGAAGCAGCAACUUUUGACAUGGCGAUGAAGGUACUAAUUGUGCUGCUGGCGAGUCACUGCGUCCCAGCGGCCGAAAUUGCAUCUCUGAUGGCCCCCAACUACGCCAAAGUGUUUCGAACGGGAAGUAUCACCAGUACCAAAACUGACACAGAAAACGGUGAUAAAGAGCACGAUCAUCGUCAAGUACCGCACUCAGUUUUAACAACAGAGGCCAGCGACUUCUACAACGUAUACUACCCUGUGAUGGAAGCCCAGACUGUCACGGACAGCAACGACACCCAGACUGUACUUCAGCCACCUUCUGCGGUAAAUCCAUUAAUCGGUUCCGGGUCUUCAGUCAACGUCCUGCGACUCAAUCCUUUAGCGUCUUUCAUAAAUGCGUUCUUCAGGCAACCAAUGUAUGCAACCAAAAACAGCGAGGAGAAAACAGAGUCAUCUCUGGUCGAACAAUCAGCUUCUGACGAUCCGUCGAGCCAGCCUGACACAACAAAACUUCCCUCUGCUUUAAACCAGCCUGUGUAUUCAUAUGAACCGAGUUCUUAUGAUGCUGGAUCUCAACGUCUUUAUUCCAGUGGUCAGACCGAAGAAUAUCCGAAUGAAGAAUACGUAGACCCGAAGGAGGAAAAGCAAAAUGUGUAUUAUGUAAAUUCACAACAAUAUCCUCUGCCAGUUAAUAAAAUUUUCCCUCCUCUGAAAGAUUUUUACCAAUCUACAUCAGAAGAUCCCUACGAGCUAAAAGAUUCGUUCCAAUCUUCAAGAUCUGAAAAUUUCUACGAGCUAGGUCAAUCAUAUCAACCUGUAACAGCAGCAGAUUUCCAUGAACUGGGGGAAUAUUACAAUCAUUCUAUAGUAGAAAUUUCCCAAACACCGAGAGAACCUCACCAACAUACAACAAUAGAAAAUCCCUACAAGUUAUUCAAAGAACGCUACCAGAUUUUCCCAUCAGAAGACGAAGAUGAUAAACAAGGAGGUUCAAAAUUGAAUGAUCCCUACAGUUACGACUCAUUUAAAAGUAAAAUACCGCCAAACGAGGGCAGCGGUCCCUACAUUCAAAAGGCUGCAUCGUCCUCACAUAAACACCAACAUGCAACCGGCCGAGAGAAGAACCCGUACACGUAUUUCUACGUGGGACGCAAACUGUGGUACGUGCCGCUCUUUUUCAGCGUCUACUUCAUGUUUUAUGUACUUGCUCUGGUUGUAAAAUCAAUCUCUAGGCACAAAAUUGUUUUUCCUGUAACUCAAUGGAGUAAAAACAAAAAGAGGGACUUGAACGCUGGACAAGAGCGACUUGGUAACAUUACACAUCAAAUUACGACUGCUUUAGAAACUACAGAACGUUUAUAUAUGUAA